AUGGUUCUACUCAAAGAAGUUUCAGAAGGAAUUUGGGGUCUUACUGUUGGUCCAAAUAAAGUAUCAGAAGUUGUAACUAAUCAUCCAUUUCGUUUAACAAUGGCUGCACUUGAAAUUGAUGAUGAAGAAAAUGAAUCAUCAACAAAUGGAAUUACUCGUGUAACAAUUAAAUCAAGUACAGCUGAUAAAGGACCACCAACUGAUUUCAUUCUGUGUAAUUUACAUUAUCCAUCAUGUCUUCAACAACCAUUAGAUAUGGAAUUUUAUGAUGGACAAACAUUAAUAUUCGGUGCUAAAGGACCACAUAAAGUACAUCUAACCGGUUAUGUUUUACAACCAGAACCACACGAAAUGUGUGAAGAAGAUCAUUUACCUAUCAGUAAAAAUAAAGAUAUUUUUGCAGCAGCGAAUGAUGAUUCAAGUAGUGAUGAUGAUGAUGAUGAUGAAAGUGAUGAUGACGAUGAAAGUGAUGAUGCAGAAGAUUUUCAUUUAGCACGUCGUCAUCGAUUACGUGAUGAUGAAGAUCAAGAUUUAGAAGGUGAUUAUGAAGAUGGAUAUCUUGAAGGUGAAGAUGAAUUAAGUUCAGAAACAUCAUCAGAUUCAGAUAAUGAAGAAGAAAAAAAAGUUUCAGCAUCAUCAGAUAAAGGAAAAAAACGUUCACGUUCAGAAGAAAAUGGUCAUUCAAAUAAACAAGAACCAGAAAGUAAAAAAAUAAAAAAAAAUAAAAAUAAAAUCAAAGAAGAACCAACAACCACAAUAAAUACUGAUGAAUUAAAAAAAACUAAAAAAACAGCAAAAAAAGCAGCAGCAUUAGAAGCAAAAGCAAGUACAUCAUCGAAUGAUAUACAAAUGAGUAGUACAAAUAUUGAUGAAAAAAAAAAAUCAAAUUCAUUAGAAAUUAAUGAUAUAAGAAUUGGUAAUGGGCCAGAAGCUAAACUUGGAAAAACUGCUGCUGUUUAUUAUACCGGUCGACUUAAAAGUAAUAAUGCAGUAUUUGAUUCAUGUGUUAAAGGAAAACCACUUCGAUUUCGUCUUGGUGCUGGUGAAGUUAUUCGUGGUUGGGAUCAAGGUGUUAAAGGUAUGCAUGUUGGUGGUAAACGACGUUUAAUAAUUCCACCAUCAUUAGCUUAUGGUAGUCAAAAAAUACCAGAUAUUCCACCAAAUUCAACACUUAUAUUUGACAUUGAACUUAAAAAUGUUUUUUAG